GCUAGCCUCGCCGGAGGUUAGGUGACCUCACGCGCGGCCUCGAGCGACCCCAGGCGAUGGCCGCCUAAGCGUUAUAUUGAGAUUUGGAUUCUCGGCCUUGUCCUCUGUCUUUUGACCUUCGACGCUCCCAGGUCCCGAGUAGUCAAACCGUCAAUUCGCCAUCCCAAGUGAGGAAAGCUCGAGGCACUUUUCCAUUUUUGGAUUCCUCGGCUCUUCCCAACACGGCAAGGCAAAUGAGAUCCGAAACGCUGACGCUGACGCUGGUGCUGGUGAAUCUGGCGGCGAUAAUGGAGAGGGCGGACGAGUCUCUGCUUCCGGGCGUGUACAAGGAGGUCGGCGCUGCUCUUCACACGGAUCCGACGGGUCUCGGGUCGCUGUCGCUGAUCCGGUCCGCCGUUCAGUCCUGCUGCUACCCGCUUGCCGCUUACCUCGCGGCCCGCCACAACCGUGCCCGCGUCAUAGCUCUCGGCGCUUUCCUCUGGGCCGCCGCCACUUUCCUCGUGGCUGUUUCUUCAACUUUUCUUCAGGUAGCAAUUUCAAGAGGCUUGAAUGGCAUCGGGCUCGCAAUAGUGAUACCUGCUAUCCAAUCCCUCAUCGCGGAUUGCACGGACGAGGGCAACCGCGGGAUGGCGUUUGGAUGGCUGCAGCUGAUGGGGAACCUUGGCUCCAUCAUUGGGUCGCUGUGUUCUGUUUUAAUUGCCUCGACAUCAUUCCUAGGAAUCCCCGGCUGGAGAAUUGCUUUUCACCUGGUUGGACUAGUAAGUGUCAUCGUUGGUGUUCUGGUGCAGCUCUUCGCAAGUGAUCCUCAAUUUUCCGAUGACAAUAACCUAGUUAAAGAUCAGAAUUUGCACAAGCCCUUCUGGUCAGAUGUCAAAGACCUGGUUAAACAAUCGAAAUCGGUCAUUAGAAUCCCAUCCUUUCAGAUAAUAGUGGCUCAGGGUGUAUUUGGGUAAUUCUCAGGGUCGGCUCUUUCAUUCGCCCCAAUGUGGUUGGAGCUCAUCGGCUUCACGCACAGUACGACGGCCUUCCUUAUGACGGCCUUCAUCAUCGCCUUCUCGCUCGGGGGUCUACUCGGAGGUUGGAUGGGGGAUGUUCUCGCCAGGCGCUUGCCCAACUCGGGAAGAAUAAUCUUGUCGCAGAUAAGUGCUGCUUCGGCCAUUCCUUUAGCUGCCAUUUUGCUUCUGGCGUUGCCCGAUGAUCCUUCCACAGCCUUCAUGCAUGGUCUCCUUUUAUUUAUCAUGGGGCUGUGGACAUCCUGGAAUGCCCCGGCCACGAACAAAGAUUGUCCCUGAGAAAUCCAGAACGAGCAUCUACGCGCUGGACAACUCUUUAGAGUCCAUCCUGGCAUCAUUUGCUCCCCCGCUGGUUGGUAUUCUGGCUCAGCAUGUGUACGGGUAUAAACCGAUCCCUGAGGGAUCAUCCGACUCGAUAGACAUCGAGACAGAUAGAGAAAAUGCCGCAUCACUUGCCAAGGCGCUUUAUGCUGCUAUGGGCAUUCCGAUGGCCAUCUGUUGCUUUAUUUACUCUUUCCUCUACUGCACAUACCCGAGAGAUAGAGAGCACGCCAGAAUGGAUGCGCUCAUGGAAAUGCAGCAGAUCGACGUUGACAGCCCCUAUGCAGGCGAAGAAUUCUCCGACCUUGAUACGCUGAUAUCGGAUGGGGCUUGUGGGAAGGGGAGGGGCGUGAUCGACAGAGAUCAUGGAACGGACGAGUGGGUUGAUUUAGACGGCAACGAUGAGCAAUCUUUGCUUUCCAGGCAGCAAACUUCCAUGAAUGUCGAAGAAUAAUGUGGAACCCGCGAGGCUCGCGAAUCUUCGCAGGCUUGUAUAGAAGCCAUCAGUUCAAUGAUCUCUCGAAGGCUUGUCUCUCUGUACGGCCUCGCAUCCAAGGGAUUCCCUCUACAGCAUCGCUCACUUCAUCAUCGGAAAGUUCAGGUCAGCAACCACCGCAAUGAAAUGUCGUGCACUCCGUUAUCGUAUGACUUCCGAGGCGGAUUGGUCGCGGACCGUCCACCAUUGGAGCUCUUGUUACUGAAUACUCUUAAAUUGACUGAAAGAGGGAGACUGGUUUAAUCAAUUUAGUGAUCUUUUUCCAGUCCAUUUUCACUCGAGAUGUGGACCAGCAACCUCUCUGUAUCCUCUCCCAAGAAGCUGUAUGUACCGUCCUUUCCGCGCUUUGCUUUUAGUUGGAUUUCACUUUUUACCUACU